AGGAGGAGGAUCGGGACAGCCCUGGGGCCCGGGCGCUGGAUCCCAAGGUGCAGGAGCUCCAGGCCAGUGUGGCACAGCACAGGCGCCGGAUCCAGGUCCUAGAGGAGCAGCUCAAAUCCCUGGGGGAGCAGAUGGCGGCCGAGAGCCGGGGGCUGAGCCGGAAGAAGGAAGAGGCCCUUCAGGCCCUAACGCAGGAGCGGAGCCGGCUGCUGGAGCUGAGUCACUUUCCGGGAUCGUCCAGCGGAGAGUUCUCUGAGCCCAGCCAGGCCCACACUAAGCUCCUGUUCACCCACAAGACAGACCGUCAGCUGCUGGUGCUCCAGGACCCCACCGCCCACGCCGCUGCCACCACCACGGCCACCUCCUCCUGCCUCUUCUCUGUCCACAGCUCCCUGCAGGGCUCCAUUGGCCUCCAGAGGACCGGAAGCCUGUCCCGGAGACGGGGAGAGAGGACGAACCAGAGAGGAUCCCCGCGACCUCUGUCCCUCCAUUGUACUGGACCCCUAGAGGCCUCAGCUCUUUCGACAGCAGCCGAAGAUUCUGGGAGACACCCCCUCUAUCAGCUACUGAACUGUAGCCCUGGGAAUAGCCAUGGGGCCCUGCACCCAGACAUUGCCCGCAUGGAGCGGCUCCUGCAGCAGGCCGUGGCCGAGAGGGAGCGGUUACUCAAGGCCAGGGAAGGGACGAGGAGGAGCACGGAAGGUUCUUCAGGCCCUGCCGUUCCCGCCAUCAUGGUGCGGGUGUCGGGGGGCUGCUGCCGCGGGCCCCUGGUGAAGAUGGGGGGUCGCAUCAAGACGUGGAGGAAGCGCUGGUUCUGCUUUGACCGCCAGGCCCGGCGCCUGGCCUACUAUGCAGACAAGGAAGAGACCAAGCUCAAAGGCGUCAUCUACUUCCAGGCCAUCGAGGAAGUCUACUACGACCACUUACGCUGUGCCUUCAAGAGCCCCAGCCCGCGCCUGACCUUCUGCGUCAAAACCUACGAGCGCCUUUUCUACAUGGUGGCCCCCAACCCGGAGGCCAUGCGCAUUUGGAUGGACGUCAUCGUGACCGCAGCCGACGAGAACCACGCCCCCUGACAGGCCCCGCCCACCGGGAGGGCGUCC